AUGGGUAAGAAAAGCAAGAAAAAGACAACAUCUUCAACCUCAUCCUUAGGUGGUAGUACCGGAGAUAAGCAACCGAAGCAACAACAAAAUAUUAAAAAGAUGAGAAGUACAGAUUCUAUGGUAAACUUGACUAAACCAGCGUUAGCAUCGUUCUAUAGUACUGAUAUAAUUAAAGAUACUGAAGAUAAAGCUUCAUCACUUUAUAAACGAUCCAACUUAGAGAAAUUGAAAAAAAAAUGGGCUAAAUCACAUGGUAAAUCAAUAAAUGAUGAUGACUAUGAUGAUGAUGAAGUGGAUGAAUAUUAUAAUGAUGAUCUAGAUUUUAUUAAACAAAGAAAGGAAAGAGACUUUGCUAGAUUUUUACGUGAUGAAGAAUUUAAUAAGAAAUGGUAUAUUCGAUCUAUUAAUUUGAUUUAUUCAGGAUCAGUAUUAUUUAUUUGUGGAUUAUUAUUUGGUGAAUUGUCCAAAUUUUUAUUUGACAAUCAUGAUUUACAAAAAGGUGGACUUUCCAUUGUCUUUAAGAACUUAGUUCAGUUACUAGAUAAGAUUAUUACUGUUUCAAAAGUUACAGAAUAUAUCGGAUUUGGUAUUCAAGGUAUAAUUUUGGGGGUAAUUUUGAAAAUAUCAGAUAAUAUUUUCAGACCAAGUAAAGAGAAAACGGGGAUUAAUCGUAAGAACUCAUUUAGAUCUAUUAUUAGAUUAGUUAAUGCCAUGUUAGGUAUUAGUUUGGGUGUAAGAAGAUUACCAUGGACAUCAUCAAAUCAAGGUUCUAUACUUUGGUUAUUAUUAAAUGUCAUUGUUUGGUUAUUUUUCGAUGGUAGUUUAUCCUUUUUAAUGAGUGGGAUUGUUCAAACAUUAUUUAUUGCAUUUUUCUAUUACAAUAGAUUUGAUCAUAUGAGUCAAUUACUAUAUUUGAUUAAUUUCCAUUUCCUUGGAAUGCUAUUUUUUGGUAAAUUACAAAGAUAUUUAUUCAAAAGGUUAUAA